AUGGUUCGUCCUAUGCCGAUCGUCCACAUAAGCAGCGUGUUAUCCUCCCCAGCCGCACUAGCCAUAGGCCUGUUUGUUUCGGCAACUCUCCUCGUCGGCCUUUGUGCAAAACACGCAAGGAAAGUUCCGAAAAAGCAGGGCUCGGGAACAAAAGAUCCAAACGCGCCACUGCCGAUCAAGUCCCCCAAGCAGCUGAUCGCGACUAUAAGCCACAAGGCCAUGAUGGUAAAUUCCAAGAAAAAGUCAGAGCGUGAAGUUGGAGUUGGCGGGAAAGUUAAUAGUACUAAUAGUGACGGUGAGGAUGAGGAAAACGGGGUUUGGCAGAAAGCGAUUUUGAUGGGUGAAAAAUGCCAGCCGCCGGAAUUUUCAGGUGUGAUAUAUUACGAUUAUUGCGGGAAUAGAAUUUCGGAGAUGCCUAAGUCGCCUAGAGCCACGUCGAUGAGCCCUUUGAGGAGUUUCAAUUUUCCCGCGCACAAAAAUUGA